AUGGCGGGCGCAUCAUCCCACCCCAUCCACAUCCACCCGGUCCGACCGCUCUACCGCUUCACUGCGACUGCAUUGGGCGCUAGCAUGUGGUUCUUCCUCAUGUACCGCGCGAAGAAGGAUGGUGCGGUUCUCCUCGGCUGGAAGCACCCUUGGGACCACUGA